CCAAUCAGAGGAAGGGGGCGCUGGAGGGAGGCGGGACCACACUCACCGAGCAAAGUCCGGUCAGAAUUGUUGCAGGCGCAGAUAUAUAGAGGAAACGCAUUUCUCCGUAACACCGCACGAACAGUGUGAUAGUGCACCGAUUUGUCGAGAUGGCUGACAACAGAGAUAAAACCACGGACCAGAUGAAGAUGUGGAAGGAGGGCCGUGGAGCUCAGAGGGCUGACAAGCUGACCACAGGGGCUGGCCAUCCCAUUGGAGACAAGCUGAACCUGCAGACUGCAGGUCCCAGGGGUCCUCUGCUGGUCCAAGAUGUGGUCUUCACAGAUGAGAUGGCCCACUUCGACAGGGAACGAAUUCCAGAGAGAGUGGUGCACGCCAAAGGGGCAGGGGCAUUUGGCUACUUUGAGGUGACUCACGACAUCAGUCGUUACUGCAAGGCCAAGGUGUUUGAGCACAUCGGCAAGACUACGCCCAUUGCUGUUCGCUUCUCCACUGUGGCCGGUGAAUCGGGAUCAGCUGACACUGUGCGAGACCCCCGAGGCUUUGCAGUCAAGUUUUACACUGAGGGUGGCAACUGGGACCUGACGGGCAACAACACCCCCAUUUUCUUCAUCAGGGACGCUCUACUGUUCCCGUCCUUCAUCCACUCCCAGAAGCGUAAUCCUCAAACCCACAUGAAAGACCCUGACAUGGUGUGGGACUUCUGGAGCCUGAGGCCAGAGAGUCUGCAUCAGGUGUCCUUCUUGUUCAGCGAUCGAGGUUUGCCCGACGGCUACCGUCACAUGAACGGCUACGGCUCUCAUACCUUCAAACUGGUCAACAGCAACGGCGAGCGCUUCUACUGCAAGUUCCACUACAAAACUGAUCAAGGAAUAAAGAAUCUGCCGGUUGAGGAGGCAGACCGCCUGGCUUCCACCAACCCAGAUUAUGCCAUCGGAGACUUGUUUAACGCCAUUGCCAAUGGGAACUUCCCGUCCUGGACUUUCUACAUCCAGGUUAUGACCUUUGAGCAGGCUGAGAAGUUCCAGUUCAACCCAUUCGAUCUUACCAAGGUUUGGUCACACAAAGAAUACCCUUUGAUCCCUGUGGGCAAAAUGGUGCUGAACAGGAACCCAGUCAACUACUUUGCAGAGGUGGAGCAGCUGGCCUUUGACCCCAGCAACAUGCCACCAGGCAUCGAGCCAAGCCCUGACAAGAUGCUGCAGGGUCGCCUCUUCUCCUACCCAGACACGCAUCGACACCGUCUGGGAGCCAACUACCUGCAGCUCCCUGUCAACUGCCCCUUCAGGGCCCGCGUGGCCAACUACCAGCGCGAUGGUCCUAUGUGCAUGUUUGACAACCAAGGUGGAGCUCCAAACUACUAUCCAAACAGCUUCAGUGCCCCGGAGACCCAGCCUCAGUUUAUGGAGUCCAAGUUCAGCGUGUCUCCAGAUGUGGGACGUUACAACAGUGGAGAUGAAGAUAAUGUCACGCAGGUUCGUACCUUCUACACUCAGGUGCUGAACAAAGAAGAACGCCAGAGACUUUGCCAGAACAUGGCGGGAGCCCUGAAGGGAGCCCAGCUCUUCAUCCAGAAACGCAUGGUGGAGAACUUGAAGGCAGUCCAUCCAGACUAUGGAAACAGUGUUCAGACCCUUCUCGACAAGUACAAUGCAGACGCCCAGAAGAACACAAACGUUCAUGUUUACAGCCGUCCAGGAGCCUCAGCUGUUGCUGCGUCCUCAAAGAUGUGAUGCCUUAAAAUGCCACUGUGGGCAACCCUCUCAUUUAUCUAUGAGCAAAUGCACUUAUUGAUUAGCAAUUGCUACUACCAAUAACAAGACUGGACCUGACUUCCAGUUACAGCCAGUGAUAAGUCUGAAAUAUUAACAUUGUAGUGUCUGACUGCAGUUGGGUCAUUUUUAAUUCAGGCAAUGCAAAUUGUUGAUUUUCUUCAAUUGUCAAAGCUAGAGAUGUUCGGGAGGCUCUUGAUCUCUGUGAGGUACAUAUGUCUUGAUUGAACAAAAAAAUAUAUACCAUCAUGCUAAUGUUGACCGAUGACCAAUGUGAGUGCUUGACUUUUACCACAUAAAGCCUUCAAAGUAAUUUAUAAGUUUUAUUUUUAUUCUGCAUAAAUCAUUUAACCCCAACUGCUGUUAAGUACUUUAAUUGUUUCUAAUAGCUCCUCAGGUUGAGUGUAUACUACUAUGAUGUGAAGAUCCAACUGUUUUUUAAAGAAAACAAAUGCAGCUGUUUAAAUUGACUUUUGUCAGCAUUCAAAUACUUAAAAAUGUCUGUCAUGUCUGACAUGUACAUCCUGAACCAGGGUUCACAUUGGUAAAACACCUUGAUAUGUUGUGCAGGAUUGGCUUGUGGCUUCGCUAAUGCCAGUGCCUGUAGUCCUCAUGCACGACUGAACCACCACUGACAGAAUAUUUCAUAUUAAAAGAGUAGAAAUAAUUGAAUAAGAAACCGUCCAUGUGGGCGUCUGCAUACAUCGUCAGAUCAGCAGAAGAAAAGAGCAGCAAUUAUUUUCACCACAACUACGACUCCAUAGUGCCUUUGUCUUUUUUGUGUGUACAAAAACUACCAAAUCCAGAUAACUUCAACCUGAAACCUGAAGAAUCUGCUGUGAGCUGACAUUCGUGCCAUUAGUAACUUAAUUGUUAAAUAUCUAAAUUGACAGUAAAUGUACAGACUAAUAAAUGACUGAAAAUAAAAGCAAAUGACAAAAUCUGACAAAGUUUGGAGAGGAGUCUGAUCUAAGGAUAUCAUGUCAUAUGACUUUCAUCUUUGGAAAAGACUGCAAAGAUCCUCAACAAGAUGCAAACAAUCAAAAGGUAUCAGUGUCCGAUAUGAAUUGUCCAUGUAACCUGCUUCUGUUUGUAACUCAAAUGUUUUUGAUCUGAAUGUAACGUUUGAUCAUCUGUAACUAGAACAUAUAAUGUUAUAAUAAAUGAUAAUUUUCACCAAAAUACU